AUGCCUAAAACUACUUAUAUCGAGCUCCUAAGCCCUCAGGUCACCCCCAAAUCGCUCCCUGCAGUUCUCACCGUUGCUGGACUGGAUUCCUCAGGAGGUGCUGGUAUUGAGGCAGAUAUCAAAACCAUCAAUGCCCAUGGAGUCUAUGGACUUACUUGCAUUGCAGCAUUGACUGCUCAGAAUACUUCUGGAGUUGAGGCAGUCGAGCAAACACCAAUUGAACACUUGCGGAAGAUCCUCAAGAAGAACUUUGAUGAUUUCGUCGAGGGUUAUAAGGGUGAGCACCCAUUGAAGGUGGUUAAGACUGGUAUGCUUACUGAGGCAGCUGCCACGGUACUUUCCGAGAAUGUGGAUUAUUUAAAUAAGAACGAUGUGAAGAUCGUUAUGGAUCCGGUUAUGGUGAGUACUUCGGGAGUCACUUUGACUGAUAACAAGACUGUGCAAUUGUGCUUCGAUAAGAUCUUUCCUUCGACUUUCUUGUGUACUCCAAAUUACGUUGAGGCCUUGCAAUUGUAUGGAGCAAAGGAGGGUAAAGAACCAGAAGUGAAAUCGCUUGCUGAUCUUGAGAAGCUUAUUGUGGCGUUGCAGCAGGUUCUCAAAUGCCAGAACCUUUUGGUGAAGGGAGGCCAUAUUCCAUGGACUAAGGAUGGCAAGUUGGCUGAACAGAAGAAUGGCGACGAUUUGGUCAUUGCCGAUGUGCUUUAUGAAUCCAAGGAGGACAGAAUCACUGUGUUCAAGUCGCCAUAUAUCCUGCUGGAGAACACUCACGGUACUGGAUGUACAUUAGCCAGUUCAAUUGCAUCCAACGUUGCCAAGGGAUUUACUCUUCAACAAGCCGUUCCGCUUUCCAUCAACUAUAUUCACACGGGCAUGCUCAGCUUGGCGCUGAAGUUAGGUCAUGGCCAUGGACCUGUUGAUCAUACUAAUAUCGCCAACAAUAGCGUUCAGACUGUCAUCAAGGGUUCUGAUUCGCUUAAGAGCGAUUUGAAGGAGAAGCACGGUGGAGCACUUUCGUUCUUCAAAAACCACGAGUUAAUCAAAGAUAACUGGAAGAGAUACACCGAACAUCGGUUCGUUGAGCUUGUGGCCACAAACAAGCUUCCGUUCGAUAAGUUUCUCUUUUACUUAAAGCAGGACGUUUACUAUUUGGUGAACUAUGCCCAGAUCCACGGUCUUGCAGCCCUGGUGGCUCCAUCUUACGAACAGAUCCAUGCUCAAGCUGAAGUUAUCGAUAACAUCAUGAAGGAGAUUGAAAGACAUAAGGCCAAGUUGCUCAAGAAGUACAAUAUCGAUUUCGAUAAAGCUGAUUUGGAUUCAGAGCUCCAGCCUGCCAAGCCAUGCAUUGCCUACUGUGACUACUUGUUGAAGGUGGGUAAAACGCAAGACUUCUUGGGUAUCAAGGUAGCCGUUGCUCCAUGUCUUCACGGAUACGCCGAAGCAGGUAUCUAUGGCCUGAAGAUUCGUGCUCAGCAUGAUGGAUCUUUGGGUGUCUUAUCGUCAAUAGACGAAUCUGAAGUGUAUGGUUCAUGGCUUGACGAUUACACUUCCGACUGGUACACUGAAGCCAAUGAGAUUGGUAUUAAGGUCUUGGAUGACACCAUUGCUGCAGUUGAUAUUUCUGAGCAGAGGUUGGAUGAGUUGACCAAGAUCUUCAACGAUGUGACAUUAUUGGAAAUCGCCUUCUGGGACGAAAUCACUGAAACUAUAUAG